GGCUUGUGGGAGGGGGCUGGGAGGAGAGGCUCCCGGGAGCAGGAAGCUAGGCCGCGGGCGGACGAGGCUGCGGGGCCCCUCGCUGGAGAGGCAAACAGGAAGGACUGCCCCCCUGCGCUCUGGGCUCGGGGCCCGGGAAUCUCCGCCACUCCGCAGAGCUGCCGAUCGGGCCCCGGGGUUAAGGAGUGGGGCGAGGCACGGGCGGCCGGAGGAGAGCUCCGCGGGGUCCCGCGCCUGCUCCCGCCUCCCUCCCGGGCCUCCCUCCGCGCCCUGGGCCUCGGCGAGCCCUCCUCCUCCUCCUCCAUCCGUCCUCCCUCCGGUCCCUCCCGGCCGGCGUCGCAGCUGCCCUUCUGCAGCCGCGGCGAUGAAGGCGGGCUCGGGGGACCAGGGGAGCCCCCCGUGCUUCCUGCGCUUCCCGCGGCCCGUGCGGGUGGUAAGUGGCGCGGAGGCCGAGCUCAAGUGCGUGGUCCUGGGGGAGCCGCCGCCCGUGGUCGUGUGGGAGAAAGGCGGGCAGGAGCUGGUGGCCUCGGAGCGCCUGAGCUUCCCCGCGGACGGCGCGGAGCACGGCCUGCUGCUGAGCGGCGCGCUGCCCACCGACGCCGGGGUCUACGUGUGCCGCGCCCGCAACGCGGCCGGUGAGGCCUACGCGGCGGCCGCCGUCACCGUGCUCGAGCCACCGGCCCCGGAGCCCGCUGCCGAGCUCGCCGAGCGCCCGCUGCCGCCUCCGGGAACCGGAGAGGGCGCUCCGGUGUUCCUGACGGGGCCCCGGUCCCAGUGGGUCGUGCGUGGCGCGGAGGUGGUGCUCCAGUGCCAGGUGGGAGGGCUCCCCGCGCCCACGCUGUACUGGGAGAAGGACGGGAUGGCCCUGGACGAGGUGUGGGACAGCGGCCACUUCGCGCUCGAGCCCGGCCGCGCCGCGGGUGGCCCGGGCGCGAGCCUGGCGCUGCGCAUCCUGGCGGCGCGGCUGCCCGACUCGGGCGUGUACGUGUGCCACGCCCGCAACGCGCACGGCCACGCGCAGGCCGGCGCGCUGCUCCAGGUCCAGCAGCCCCCGGAGAGCCCGCCCGAGGACCCGGACGAGAGCCCCGCGCCCGUGGUGGAGCCGCUCAAGUGCGCGCCCAAGACCUUCUGGGUGAACGAGGGCAAGCACGCCAAGUUCCGCUGCUACGUGAUGGGCAAGCCCGAACCCGAGAUCGAGUGGCACUGGGAGGGCCGCCCGCUGCUCCCGGAUCGCCGUCGCCUCAUGUACCGCGACCGCGACGGUGGCUUUGUGCUCAAGGUGCUCUACUGCCAGGCCAAGGACCGCGGGCUGUACGUCUGCGCGGCGCGCAACUCCGCGGGCCAGACGCUCAGCGCCGUGCAGCUGCACGUGAAAGAGCCCCGCCUCCGCUUCACGAGACCCUUGCAGGACAUAGAGGGCCGCGAACACGGGAUUGCCGUGCUGGAGUGCAAAGUGCCCAACUCCCGCAUCCCCACGGCCUGGUUCCGAGAGGACCAGAGACUGCUGCCCUGCCGCAAGUACGAGCAGAUCGAAGAGGGCACUGUGAGGCGCCUCAUCAUCCACAGGCUGAAGGCAGACGACGACGGCGUCUACCUGUGUGAGAUGCGCGGCCGCGUGCGCACGGUGGCCAACGUGACGGUCAAAGGGCCCAUCCUGAAGAGGUUGCCCCGGAAGCUCGACGUCCUGGAGGGAGAGAACGCAGUGCUGCUCGUGGAGACCCGCGAAGCUGGGGUCGAGGGGCGCUGGAGCCGCGAUGGGGAGGAGCUGCCUGCCACCUGCCAAAGCAGCUGUGGCCACAUGCAUGCCCUGGUCCUCCCAGGGGUGACGCGAGAAGAUGCUGGCGAGGUGACCUUUAGCCUGGGCAACUCCCGUACCACCACUCUGCUCAGAGUCAAAUGUGUCAAGCACAGUCCUCCGGGACCCCCCAUAUUGGUUGAGAUGUUCAAGGGCCAAAAGAACACAGUCCUGUUGACCUGGAAGCCUCCCGAUCCACCUCCCGAGACCUCGUUCAUUUACCGCCUGGAGCGGCAGGAGGUGGGCUCUGAAGACUGGAUCCCGUGCUUCAGCAUUGAGAAAGCUGGAGCUGUGGAGGUGCCAGGGGACUGCGUGCCUUCUGAGGGUGACUACCGCUUCCGCAUCUGCACCGUCAACGAGCAUGGCCGCAGUCCCCACGUCGUAUUCCACGGUUCUGCCCACCUGGUGCCCACAGCUCGCCUGGUAGCAGGACUUGAGGACGUGCGCGUAUAUGACGGGGAAGACGCUGUCUUCUCGCUCGAUCUCUCCACCAUCAUCCAGGGCACCUGGUUCCUUAAUGGGGAAGAACUCAAGAGAAACGAGCCUGAGGGCCAGGUGGAGCCCGGCGCCCUGCGGUACCGGGUGGAGCAGAGAGGCCUGCAGCACAGGCUUGUCCUGCGAGCUGUCAGGCACCAGGACAACGGGGCCCUGGUGGGCUUCAGCUGCCCUGGUGUGCAAGACUCGGCCGCUCUCACCAUUCAAGAGAGCCCAGUGCACAUCCUGAGCCCCGAGGACAAGGUGUCCCUGACCUUCACCACCUCUGAACGGGUAGUGCUGAUCUGUGAGCUCUCCCGGGCGGACUUCCCAGCAACUUGGUACAAAGAUGGGCAGCAAGUGGAGGAGAGUGAGUCGCUGGUGGUGAAGGUGGAUGGAUGCAAACACCGUCUGAUCCUUCCUGAGGCUCAAGUCCGAGACAGCGGCGAGUUUGAAUGCAGAACAGAAGGGGUGUCAGCCUUCUUCAACGUCACUGUGCAAGACCCCCCAGUCCACAUCGUGGACCCCCGGGAGCAUGUGUUUGUACAUGCCAUCACUUCUGAGUGCGUCAUGCUGACCUGCGAGGUGGACCGAGAGGACGCCUCUGUGUGCUGGUACAAGGAUGGGCAGGAGGUGGAGGAGAGUGACUUCAUGGUGCUGGAGAACGAAGGGGCCCAUCACCGCCUGGUGCUGCCCGCCGCCCAGCCUCCCGAUGGUGGCGAGUUUCAGUGUGUCGCAGGAGAGGAGCGUGCCUACUUCACUGUCACCAUCACAGAUGUCUCUUCAUGGAUUGUGUAUCCCAGCGGCAAAGUGUACGUGGCAGCUGUGCGCCUGGAGCGGGUGGUGCUGACUUGUGAGCUGUGCCGGCCCUGGGCUGAGGUGCGCUGGACCAAGGAUGGGGAAGAGGUGGUGGAGAGCGCGGCGCUCCUCCUGCAGAGGGAAGACACCAUCCGGCGCCUCGUGCUGCCCUCGGUCCAGCUCGAGGACUCUGGCGAGUACUUGUGCGAAAUCGAUGAUGAAUCGGCCUCCUUCACUGUCACAGUAACAGAGCCCCCGGUCCGGAUCAUAUACCCCCGGGACGAGGUGACCUUGAUCGCAGUGAGCCUGGAGUGUGUGGUACUGAUGUGUGAGCUGUCUCGAGAGGACGCCCCGGUCCGCUGGUAUAAGGAUGGGCUGGAGGUGGAGGAGAGCGAAGCUCUGGUGCUGGAGAGCGACGGACCGCGCCGCCGCUUGGUGUUACCGGCUGCCCAGCCCGAGGAUGGGGGCGAGUUCGUGUGCGAUGCCGGAGACGACUCGGCCUUCUUCACUGUCACUGUCACAGCACCACCAGAGAGGAUUAUACACCCCGCAGCCCGCUCUCUCGAUCUGCAGUUUGGGGUUCCAGGGCGUGUGGAGCUGCGUUGCGAGGUGGCCCCUGCUGGGUCCCGGGUGCGCUGGUACAAGGAUGGACUAGAGGUAGAGGCGUCAGAUGGCCUGCAGCUGGGCGCCGAGGGGCCCGUCCGUACCCUCACUCUACCCCACGCCCAGCCGGAGGAUGCUGGGGAGUAUGUGUGUGAGACCCGGGAUGAGGCCGUCACCUUCAACGUCAGCCUGGCUGAGCCACCAGUGCAGUUCCUGGCACCCGAGGCAGCCCCAGGUCCACUGUGCGUGGCCCCCGGGGAGCCAGUGGUACUGAGCUGUGAGCUGUCCCGGGCUAGCGCCCCUGUGUUCUGGAGCCACAACGGGAAGCCGGUGCAACCAGGAGAGGGGCUAGAGCUGCAAGCUGAGGGUCCCCGCCGUGUCCUCUGCAUCCAGGCCGCAGAACCCACGCACACAGGCCUCUACACAUGCCAGUCGGGGGCGGCUCCCGGUGCCCCGAGUGUCAGCUUCAGUGUCCAGGUGUCUGAGCCCCCCGUGAGGGUGGUGGCCCCCAUGGCAGCCCAGACGAGGGUUCGGAGCACCCCAGGUGGGGACGUAGAGCUGGUGGUGCACCUGUCCGGGCCGGGGAGCCCCGUGCGCUGGUACAAGGAUGGGGAGCGCCUGGCCAGCCAGGGGCGGGUGCAGCUGGAGCAAGCCGGGGCCAGGCAGGUGCUACGGGUGCGGGGGGCACGGAACAGGGACGCUGGGGAGUACCUGUGCGACGCACCCCAGGACAGCCGCAUCUUCGUCGUCACUGUGGAAGAGUCUCCACCAGGCAAGCUGGUCUCUGAGCUGACACCCUUGACUGUCCACGAGGGCGACGAUGCCACAUUCCGGUGUGAGGUCUCACCGCCAGAUGCCGACGUCACCUGGCUGCGCAACGGGGCUGUUGUCACCCCGGGGCCCCAGCUGGAGACAGCCCAGAAUGGUUCGAGCCGCACCCUGACCAUCCGGGGCUGCCGGCUCGAGGACGCUGGGACUGUGAUGGCAAGAGUAGGGACGGCAGCCACAAGUGCCCGGCUCCACGUGCGAGAGACAGAGCUGCUGUUCCUGAGGAGGCUUCAAGAUAUCCGGGCUGAGGAAGGCCAGGACGUGUGCCUGGAGGUGGAGACCGGCCGAGUGGGCGCACCAGGGACCAUUCGCUGGAUGCGAGGAGGGGAGCCCCUCCCGCUUGACUCUCACCUCUCCAUGGCCCAAGAUGGCUGUGUCUACCGCCUGUCCAUCCACGGUGUCCUGUUGGCCGACCAGGGCACCUAUGGCUGUGAGAGCCACCACGAUCGCACCCUGGCCAGGCUCAGCGUGAGGCCGCGGCAGCUGAGGGCACUGCAGCCUCUGGAGGAUGUCACUGUCAGCGAAGGGGGCAGCGCCACCUUCCAGCUGGAGCUGUCCCAGGAGGGUGUGACUGGGGAGUGGGCCCGAGGAGGAGUCCGGCUGCAGCCGGGGCCCAAGUGCCACAUCCACUCGGAGGGCCGCACUCACUGCCUGGUGCUCAGCGGCCUGGGCCUGGCCGACUCGGGCUGUGUCUCCUUCACUGCAGACUCCCUGCGCUGCGCUGCCAGGCUCUCUGUGAGAGAGGUCCCAGUGACGAUUGUACGGGGACCGCAGGACCUAGAGGUGACGGAGGGCGACACAGCCACGUUCGAGUGCGAGCUUUCCCAGGCCUUGGCUGACAUUAUCUGGGAGAAGGACGGUCGCGCGCUCGCCCCCAGCCGGCGGCUGCGACUCCAGUCGCUCGGCCCGCGCCGCCUCCUCCAGCUGCGGGGCUGCAGCUCCUCGGACGCCGGGAUCUACAGCUGCACGGUGGGGACAGCCCGCGCCGGGCCGGUCCGCCUGACCGUACGCGAGCGCGUGGUGUCGGUGCUCCGCGAGCUGCAGUCGGUGCGCGCCCGCGAGGGCGACGGCGCCACGUUCGAGUGCACCGUGUCGGAGACGGAGACCGCGGCGCGCUGGCAGCUCGCAGGCCGUCCGCUGAGGUCCGGAGACCGCGUCCGCAUCCGCCAGGAAGGGAAGAAACACAUCCUGGUGCUGAGCGGGCUGCGCGCCGAGGACGCCGGAGAAGUCUGCUUCCAGGCGGGACCCGCCCAGUCCUCGGCUCUGCUGGAGGUGGAAGCGUUGCCUCUCCAGAUGUGCCGCCGCCCCCCUCGCGAGAAGACAGUUUUGGCCGGGCGCAGGGCCGUGUUGGAGGUGACAGUGUCCCGCCCCGCGGGACACGUGUGCUGGAUGCGGGAAGGGGUUGAACUGUGCCCGGGCGACAAGUAUGAGAUGCGCAGCCACGGCCCCACCCACAGCCUGGUUAUCCAUGACGUGCGACCUGAGGACCAGGGCACCUACAGCUGCCAGGCUGGCCAAGACAGCGCCAACACACGGUUGCUGGUAGAGGGUGACUAGAGGUCUGAACCAGGCCAGGCUGGCACCCUCGGCGAGUUUGGAAGGAGUGUGCCCUUACUGUUGGCAGGGUGGGAUGAUGGGAAGCAGAAGUGUCAGGAAACAAUAAAAGUGCUGUGGUUCAUA